AGUAAUUUGGCACCUAUUACUAUAUAACUGCAUGACAUCAAUUCUCCAAAAACUUAAAAAAAAAAAUCAUGCAAGUUCCUUAAGGUUUGGUUGGGGAAAUCCCCAGACUGUACUAUAUAAGACCUCCUUUGUCCCUUUGCUGUCACAUCUGCCGGCUGAGAAGAUGAAGCACACGCAGGUGGCUGUGCUGCUCCUCAUGCAAUGUAUGAUUGCUCUGGCUGGAACAACAGCAACCACAGAAUUGCCCCCUCAUCUCAGUACGGUGCUUUCAUAUCUGACUCAGCCUAGCAAGAUGACUGGUGACCUGCGCACUCCCCCAAAGCUCUUUACCAAUGUGACCGGCUCAGUGGAUGAGGAGGGAACUUGUCAGUGCUCUGUGUACUUGCCGGAUACCACCUUUCCAGUGCAGAAGGCUGAGCAAUUGGAAAUUAUAGCCACAACGCUCUCGGAGAAAUUUGAGAUGGAGCUUUCUCAAGUUAGAGAGUACUCAAAAAGGAUUGAACUGUAUCAGCAGCAAAUCCUUAAUCUAACCCUCAGAGUGGAGCAUAUGGAGCACAGCAGUUUAUCUUACACAGAACUGGACUUCCAGUUACUGAAAGUGGAAAUCAGUGACCUGGAGAGACUGGUCACUCAGCUGAAAUCCAGCCUUGUUGGAAGCAACGUCAUCGUUGAGCAGAUAUAUUUGGAGAUUAGAAAUCUGACUAUACUGGUAAAUGAACUAGAAUCACUGGACAAAAACAAUAUCCUUGCAAUUCGUCGACAAAUUGUGUCCCUGCAGAAUCGAUUGAAAGAGUGUGAAGAGAGCACGAACAAAACCACAAUACCCCCUUAUUUCCCACCAGGUAGCUGCCUUCACCGUGGACUGCUGAAUGUUAGCCAGCCCUAUAUUGUAAAGCUGAACUGGAGAGGAUUUUCCUACACACAUGGUUCCUGGGGUAGAGAUUACUCUCCCUCUAACCCAGAGAAAGAACUCUAUUGGGUUGCACCAUUGAACACAGAUGGGAGAUACUUGGAAUACUACAGAAUUUAUAGUUCCUUUGAUAAUUUGCUGCUGUUUAAACCCAUGUAUGAAAGUACCAUAAGAUAUGGGGAAGGAAGUGGUGCUGCCCUUUAUAAUAGCUAUUUGUACUAUCAUUCUUAUAGUUCAAGAUAUAUGGUGAAGCAUGAUUUAAAAACAAACACUAUGGUUUUGAGAAAGGAGCUUCCAGAUGCUGCUGUUGGUAACCGUUUCUCUUAUGCAGGUGCAUCAUGGAAAGACAUAGAUUUUGCCGUGGAUGAAAGUGGGUUAUGGGUAAUAUAUGCAACAGAAAAUAGCAUGGGCAACAUUGUGAUUAGCAAACUCAAUGAGACCACACUUGAUGUGCUAAAUACUUGGCAGACAAGACAGUACAAGCCAUCUGUUUCCAACGCUUUCAUGUUAUGUGGUGUUCUGUAUGCCACAAGGCCAAUGAACACUAGGAAAGAGGAAAUCUUCUACAUGUACGACACGAGUACUGGCCAAGAAGGUAGUAUUAGUGUCGUUAUGGAUAAAAAGUUAGAUAAAAUACAUAGUAUUGAUUAUAACCCCACAGAUCAGAAACUGUAUGUUUACAAUGACGGUUACCUUCUAAGAUACGAUGCGAUCUUUCAGUCUUAGUAUCUCAGUGAAAUAAGCAUACAAUAACAUUGGCAGCAACUAAAAUGAGAGAUCCGGUAUGCCUUUAGACAAUGCUAUUGCCAGUUUAGGGUUCAUCUGGUCUGAUGUACUGUAUCUGUGGGUCUUAUGUAUAUUACUUAUACUCUUUAAAGGAAUUUCCCACUCUGGUCAGUAAUAUUGCUGGCAGCAGAGUUUAGCAGUACUGGGUUCUUUAGGUUUUGAUUGGUGUUUAUUGGUGCUUGGUGCUUUACAAUUGUCCUGCCUCUAAGGGUAGAUUUACUGCAUAGAUUUAGUGCUUUUUGUUUACAGAAAUUGAUGGGCACAGCCUAUCUACGGACCAAGAAGCUAAUUACCUACUGAUGUGCAUUUGUCAGUGUACCACUGGCAAGGCACUCAGAAACUGAGAAUGAAUUUCCACUGAUCUUCAUCAGAGUGAUCUGAAGCCUCAGAGAAACUAAUCGAAGGGUUAAAAUAGUACAGGAAGUAGACUCGGUCGGAAGACGGCAACCCAUUUUUUAGGUAGAAGCAGUAGUAUCUGGCUCAAGGCUUCAGGGGAGCUGGUAGCAAUGCACUUUGCUGUUUGAAGCCCUACUACAGGCAGGGGAGAGAAGGCAUUGGGGCAGGGACAGAGCUCACUGCCCUUGCCAUCAUUGAUGCAUGGGACAGCAGCUCCUGGGGUUUUACCUAUGGUUGCUGCCCCUCAGCUCAGGCCUCUCCCAAGGUGCCACAGCACCAGGCUGGCUUCCCAGAGUGACUAUGAUGGCAAAACUGGCAGCAGGGCUUUCAUCAACUUUCCUUCUGUCCCACUCUGCAGCCUUUAGCAACUUCCUGUGCCUAGACCUGGCAUUAUGAAUGGUUUUAUUGCAAUCUAGCCAUGUUUUGUGGUCACCAUGGCUCCAUUUUCCUAGCAGUGCAGUGCAAGAAACGCUGUUUUCCUUUCCUUAAGAUGAUGCAAAUCCUCCUGUUGACUUUAUUGGCCAUGGGCGGCUUUUAGGUAUAUAUCAUACAUUGCCAUAGAAUUACAACUGUGUUUAAUGUGCCUCUAUUCAGCAUUUUUGCCAUUCCAUAAUUAGAUUCCUGAAAACCUUGUUAGUGUAGAGACCAAUUUGUUCCCCGGGUAAUUCUGUCUUACAGCAAGGUAAGAGGUUUUGUGGAAAACAGAAGUCUGGUCAAGCUAGUUGGAUAUGUGGGAUUUUUUUGGUUUUUUUUGUAAAAUGGGUAUUGCGUAAUAGUUUUUGAGUGUGUGCACUGUAUCAAUGUCUUACCUUCAUUAUGUUAGCAGGCUGAAAUACGGAAAUUCAGAGCUCUACAAUGAUGAAGAAAGCAUUUCAUGUGGUUCGUUUUCUUCUGUUACCUGUGCAGUCAUGUCUGUGUCCUCUGAUAAUCAAAAUCAGUACAUAUGCAAAUAAUUGCUUUUGUUUUAAUAAAAACAAUAUUUCAAAGAA